AUGCAGGAGCACACCUGGGACCUGGGCGAGGGCGACGCCAGCGCGGACGCCCAGAUCACGCGGCUGGCCAACUGGAUCGAGGACCAGAUCGAGCACGCGGUGUUCCCAGAUCACCUGCACGGCGACCUCAUGCGCAUCAUCAGCGCGGGGCGGCGCGUGGCGCAGCUGCAGCCGGACGGCACAAAGGGGACGGUGGAGGAGCUGCACGCCUUCAUGCAGACCCUGCUGGCAGACGUGUGGUCGAUGACGCCGAGUGCCAUGGUGUCGACCAACACGGAGGUGACGCUCACCCUGGGCCUGCGCAUGGGCACGCUCCUCAGCGACAAGCUCGGCUGGCUCUCGGAGCCGCUGCCCGUCCCCCGCGGCGCGACGCACUCGUCAGGCGCGAGCGGCGGCGCGACGCCGCGCAACGCGCCGGCCAUGUCCAUCGACGACUUCAACAUCCUGAAGCCCAUCAGCCGCGGCGCGUUCGGCCGGGUCUACCUGGCGGAGAAGAAGAGCACGGGCGACCGCUUUGCCCUCAAGGUCAUCCGCAAGGCGGACGUUUUCAAGAAGAACCUGGUGCAGUCCAUCAACAACGAGAAGAACAUCAUGGCCAUAGCCAACAACCCCUUCGUCGUCAGGUUCUUCUACAGCUUCCAAUCGCGGGACAAUCUGUACCUAGUCAUGGAGUACCUGAACGGCGGCGACUGCGCCAGCCUGCUGCAGAUGCAGGGGUGCCUGGACGAGGACAUCGCGCGCACCUACCUGGCCGAGACCGUCCUCGCCCUCGAGUACUGCCAUUCCCUUGGGAUCAUCCACCGCGACCUGAAACCCGACAACAUGCUCAUCAACGCGAACGGCCACGUGAAGCUGACCGACUUCGGGCUAUCGUACUUCGGGUUCGUCCGCCAGGCCCGCACCCUGCAGCCCGCCGGCGACAGCGGCGCUGGCACCAGCGCCGGGGGGGGCACGAGCGGCGCCGCGCCCACGACACGCGCGGCGAGCGCCGGCGGCAGCGCGACGGCGCGGUCGGGCGGCGGGGACGCGGAGGGCGGGCCCUCGCGGCCGCAGUCGAGCUCCAGCCUGCGGUCGCGCAGAGCCAGCAGCGAGGGCAUGCUGCAGGAGCGCGGGGAGGGCGGGGACCUCCGGCCGCUGGGGGCCCCGCUCCGUCGCCGCCCUUCGACAUGA